AUGGACGGGUCUCCGCCUCCCCCUCCACCACCACAUGGCGCCAACCCAAACACAACGGAGGGGACCCCGAAAUAUCGCAGAUCAACUGAUCUGCCCGACGGACCCUACGACAUCUUUGUAGUUCCCCCACAUUCUGCUGGCGCUGGUUUUAUUUACCUGCCAUCGCUACAAUGUCAUCGCAACAGCUUCAUUGCCGGGUCGCUCUCGACUCUGUUCGUGGUUGCGGUGUGGAUUACCAUCCAGCCCACGGUAAAAACCUGGAUGGUAACGACCACCGCGACCGGCGGUAUGGGGGUCGUCAUAAUCAUUCUGGCGGUGGGCUUCGGCGGCUGGUACUUUGGGACAAUGCAAGGUGACGGAGGGCCGAAUGGCAGCACAGGAGGCAGACCUCGGCGGCCAGGCAGUGGAUUUGGAUCUGGAUAUCAAUACAACGCACAUCAGAAUCAAAAUGGGACCUUCCCAGGUGGAGGGCCGGCGCCGGGUUCUCAGUAUAGUGCUGGCGGCCAUUUCAACACCGGCGGCCCAUCACCGCAGUCUCCACCACAUAAUCAACACAACGCUCAUACCAAUACUGGCCCAAAGGAGGAUAGUAACAAGGCCAAUGCAGAGUGGGAGAGGGCCCGGGAGGAGACGAAACGUAAGGAGGAGAUACGACGCAAGAUGGAAGAGUACAAGAGGAAGCGGGAGGAGGAGGAAGCCAAAAAGAAACUCCAAAAAGAGCGAGAAGCCUUGGAGAAGGAGCUCCGAGAACGUAGGGAACAGCUGGAAAAGGAGGCUGCCGCUGCCAAAGCCGCCGCAGAAAAGGAAGUGCGCGAAAGAGCCGAGCGAGAGGCGGCGGAGCGAGAAGAAAAGGCCAAGAAGGAGGCGGCGGAGAAAGAGGCAGCGGCCAAGGAAGCUGCAAAGAAAGAAGCUGCUGCACGGUUUGCUGCCGCUAAAGAUGCCGCAGCCAAAAGGUUCGCAGCGGCCAAGGAGGCUGCUGCUACAAAGGCCAAGGGUGCGCAGGGCCCGGCAUCAGCGCCUUCAGCUGCACCACCGCGCACGCCAUCACCGCAGAAACCACCAAAACCCACGGCCAAGACGGCCACAGACGACGAUGCCUACUCCUUUCGUCCAUAUGACAGGCCCCGGCGGCCGUAUGGGACAUCGGCUCCCUCAGUCUACUCGGAGUCUUCGUAUGCUCCGUCUCAUUCGACUGCUCGUACUACGCCUCCUCCGUCACAGCGAGGCCCAUAUACAACUAAAGAUCCCGACAAGGUUAUCAUUCGCGGCGUGUAUGCUUUCAACAAUGCUUUUAUGAAGACGCCUCUCGCCCAACUGAUAUCCGGUCAAGUUCCUGUUACCGAUGGCCUGGUCUUGCGGAUCACCACUGAAGGAUGGUUCAUUGACGACGAUGUGCGAGGUGUGGCCCAGAGAGAAUGGGACGUGAAAGCAUGGACCAUCAAGCUCAUUGAGAGCGUGGAAAUACAAAGUCUCCACGUCGUCCGUGCCAGCCUGCGUGACCAGGAGGGCAAAAAAUACGUCUUCGUACUCGAUAAAACCGAGGCAUGGAAGGUGACGCACGGCCUCCAGCGCUUAAAACGAGGAUCUCAAGUACGAUCCUUGAAUACGGUGAGCUUGCCAGUCAGCGAAGGCAGGUCCCUGCUCGGCAAUCUUGGUUAUAUAUGA